AUGCCACCGCGCAUAAAUCUCCUCACGGCCAUUCGGCGGACUCGCCCUCCCACAACAGUACAUAGCGGCUCUCCACUUCGAGUUCGAGAUAGCAUUUCGGGCGGUCCCGACUCCACAUUUAAUACGAUUGCCAUAGUGCGGAUAUGGCCAUGUCAAAGACGGCUGAACUCUACAUCGUCGAAGGGGCCAUUAACAGAUGUGGUUGAAGAUGAGGCGAAGGGGCCGAAUCAGGACCAAUUACCUCAUGUAAGUGAAGAGGCGGCUCAAACUGCUAGGAUACUUGAAGGAAAGAAAUGUGGUGAAGUCGGGGGACCAGAGUUGGAACAGGGGACACCCGUUGAGGAAAUUUUCAAACGUGAUAAAGAAGCUUUGAAGACAAUGCCAAAAGUUCUUCGUGAUCAAAUUUCGUCUGCAAAUAACGGUGGCGGAUCAUCACGGUCGUUUUCUACCCACGCCCGGCUCGGUCAGCAGGAUCGCCAGAUAGCUCCUGCAGGGCACGGCGAUUCAUCUGUUGUUUUCAAUAUGUUCAAGGCUGCUAAUGAAGGCCAGGAAAGUGUCGUUCAAAAGGAGGAUGGAGAGGAAGAGGAGGAGCUCAUCAAGUUCAGAUUGGGAAAAAGUUAUAAACUGAGGUACCGAUAUGAUGGUGUCAUGAACCUAUUUACAAAGUUAAUUAUGAAGCAUGGGAAGCUGAGUCUUGCGCAAAAGCACAUGGGACUUGUUCUUGAUCAUCUGCGUACUGCACCUCCACCAGCGAUUAAUCCGACCCGCGGUCUUAUCGAAAGCCCACCAAGCCCUCAACUGCCACUGUACCCCCUUGUCUACCUUCGCAAAACCGUUGACUCAGUUGCUCCAUUAUUCAAAGUUGUUCAGUUAAAGGGUAUUAUGGGUGGUGGAAUGUCCCUGCCUAUCCCUCGGGCACUCAAUAAACGCCAACGGCGGCGCAUUGCGAUCAAUUGGAUCAUUGAAGCAUCAAUGAAGAGAAAGGAUUCUAAGUUCUCGACUAGGCUUUCCAACGAGCUUGUUGCCGUUGCGGAAGGUAGAAGUGCUGUGUGGGAGAAGAGAAAUCAAAUCCACAAGCAGGCGGUAGCGGCCAGGGCGAAUAUCCGAUCGGGUGCGAGAAGGCGCUAG